CAAUGCUCUUGCGCGAGCGAACUGUAUUGUGGGAUAAAAUUCCGUACACAUGAAAGUUUAGCGUUUGACAGUUGAAUGUUUUUAUUUUGAUGUUUCGCAUUUAAACGCGUCAAACGUUUGAAAAACAAUUUUUUAGAACAAGUAACAGUUGUCUACCCACAGCCUGGGACCAUGGAUCCCAAAAUAGCAAAGAAAACCCAAGACAGUCUUGGAAAAUUCAUUAAAAAGCCACCGUUGACAGAGAAGCUACUUUCAAAACCUCCGUUUAGAUUUCUACACGAUGUAAUGACAUCAGUUAUCAAAACAACAGGAGUUAUGAAAGGCUUAUACACAGACAGUGAAAUGAACUCCGAAAAUGUCAAGGAUAAAGACAGUAAAAUUGCAUUUCUUCAAAAAGCUGUUGACUAUGUUUCUAAUGCAUCAGGAAAAACUUUGUCAGUAAAACCAGCCAAAGUUGUGGCAGGACAUGAACCAGAGAAAACCAAUGAGUUCCUGCAGGCUUUGGCAGCAGCCAUAGGUUCAAAGGUUGACAAUGACAGUGUAGUUGAUGCAGUCAAUAACAAGGGAGGUAAGCCGUCCAGUUCAAAAGAAGAAAAAAAGGAAGAAAAAGAGGCAACACCAAAGGAACCAGAGCGACAAAAAAGCAGUGAUAGGCAGAAAAAAGAUGAUGCUCCACAGGAAAAGAGGAGUCGGGACCGUGCAGAUGAGCGUAAUAAAGAUCGUGAUGAUAAAAGACGGGACAAAGAUGACAAGCAAAGGGAUCGUGAUGAUAAACGUCGUGGUUCUGAGGAUAAACAUAAGGAUCGUGACGAUAAACCCAAGGAACGUGAUGCAAAACCAAAGGACCGUGAUGAUAAACAAAAAGAACGGGAUGAUAAACAGAAAGACCGUGAUGAUAAAAGCAUGGACAGGGAACGAGAAAGCAGACAGAAGUCGGGUCGCUCGCGGCCAACGGAAGAAGAACUCAUUGAUUUGGAGCACAAAAUAUCAAAAAAUCUAAAUGAUAUUGACUCUGACAUAUUAUUGUCUAAUGAAUUUGAUGAAUCUAUGGACAUUGGCGAUGCCACAUUUGCGGUCGAAAAUCCUAAGCAAGUGUUCGCAGACGACGAAACUCCACUUAGACCCAUUCCAAGAAAGUUUUCUACAUAUAACCAGCUUGUACAAGAUACCAAUCUGGCUGAAAUUUCUGGUAGUGAAAACAAUAAAGUUGUUCAUGAACCAAUUAAUAUUCCGGAUGAAAAUUUUGAAAUUCCUGACAAUCCUGUUGAAGAUGUAAAUAUUAAAAAAGGGAAAAAAAGUGCAAGGCCGAAGGGUGCACGGAGAAGGAAGAGGAAAAAUGAUGAGUUUGUUAAUACAGUGGUUAUACCUCAAGUCACUGAUGAUACAAACACACCUUAUGUAUCAGCAACAAAUUCCCCUGUUCCAGUAGCAGAUGAUAUUGCAAUACCUAGCGUUGAAUCAAAAUCAGGGAACAGUAUUUAUAAUCCAGAACAAAGCAAAAGUGCUGAGUCUCCUGUAGAAUUGGAAUCGGAUGAUGUUGGUUUCAAGGAAGCAAAGAAUAAGGGCCCACUGACUAGCACACCAAAGGGGUCACCUGUUUCCCCAAAAAGGAAAGGCCCAAAAACUGUCAAGAGUGCUGGAAGCCCAGCUGUCCGAAACUCGAGCUCGCCAGAAAGUCCUCAAAGUAAAACUAGCAAGCAAAACCGACCAUCCAAUCCCAUCGUUAGGAUGAGUCUUAAGAGAAGCAGCUUGGCAGAUCAGAACAGAAGAACAUUAAUGGAGGUAGCACACAAUAAAAAGAAACAUGGUGCACGAAAGGUGAAGUCUUCAAGAAAUCAAGACGAUCUUGAUGCAACCGUGGAAUCCUUUGCACCAGAGGGGGACUAUCAAAAAGUAAGAAAGAAGGGAAAGAGGUUAAGUGUUGAUGAUGAUUUGAAGAUUAAACACGAUCUGCUGAAUAAUGUCAAAGACACAGAUGAGAACUUAGCAUCAGAUCAUGAGAAGAAGAAAGCUAGAGACAAGGUAAAGUACAGAAAUGAUGAUUAUGCCCAUGAUAAGAUAAAAAAUCGUAAAGGACCUAAUGGGUUGGAUUUGGAAACCCAUUCCACUGAAGAUGUUGAUAUGACUUCUGGUAAGGAUCAAGACAGAUAUUUUGAGAAGAAACGCCCCCAUGGCAUAGAGGAUAGACGGAAAAGAAGCAGCUUUAUGUCCAUACCUGAACAACUUAAGCGACGUGAAGAAGAUGGCAAGGAGAAUGAUGCCCCCAAGGAAUCCAUGGUGAACGGGGAUGUCAAGGCUGGAGAGACACCUAGCAAAGUGCAAAGACCUACAUCUGCAAAAGGGUCUCGACGACGAAUGGAAGCUCCCGUGACUUUUACAGGAGAUGAAUGUUUAAGCAGUGAUGAAGAAACAGGGCAAAAGAUUGAGGAUGAUGACACACCAACACAGCCAGCAGGGAGGUUAGCGCGACCCAGCAGUGCUAGACCGGCUCCCCCGAAGCGGAAAGAAGAUACGGUACAGCAGGAACCGGCCAUGAGAUUAGGCAGUGGUAAGCCCCAGAACCUGAUCCUGGAUGAUGGUAAGGACUCUGAUGAGGACGAGACCUUUAUAGUAGAGGAGGCUGCAGCACCACCCCCUGAACUGGAACAGCCUGCACCACAAGCGGGUGAUGAUGAUGAUGAGGACCACGGUGGUCUUGUGAAGAAAAUUAUGGAGACCAAGAAAGAAUAUGAACAACCCAGGGAAAAUAAAAUUGAAAGACCAACAAUAUCCGACGCUCAACGCCGCAAACAACGUGAGGCUGUACAGAAGGAGAUAGACAAGCUGCGUUCCAGCAUACAGACCCUGACGAGGAGUGCGAACCCCUUGGGUAAGAUCAUGGACUACGUACAGGAGGACCUGGACUCCAUGCAGAAGGAGCUUGAGAAAUGGAAACAGGAGAACAAGGAACACUCACUGGCAUUGAAGAGGGAGAAAGCUAUCACAGAGAGAGCAGUGGAGCCCUUGAAAGCUCAGUUGAGCGAGGUGGAUCAGGCGAUCAAAGACCAGUUAGAUCUGAUUGGUGCUGUCAAGUCCAACAUCAUAAGGAAUGACCAGAAAAUGGAGAAAAUGUUACGGACAAUUGCCAAGUCAUGAGCCACAGCCGUUAUCUUUACUUAUGAUUGUGGUAUAAUUGAAACAUCAUAAAAAAGAGGAGGCUUCAAACACAUUUCUGGAAACUGUCAUUGAUCAGGAACUGUUGUAAUGAGGUGGCUAGUUAUAUAAAUAAUUUAAUUAUAAUUAAAGUUUUGUUGUAUUUAUUAUUAUUUUUAAGAUUAAAACAUCUUAGCCCGCUAAGAACUUGUAAUAUCACUACAUAUUUGUAGUUACAGAUGUUUAAGAGCAAAUUUUAAAGAAGGUUUGUUCAUGGUUUAAUAAUUAUUUUCAGUUAAAGAAUCCUAUAUUUUUGUUUAAGCCCAAUUGAUGUUUCUCUAGAUACCGAGACUUAUUGUGAAUAGUCAUACAUAAGUUUUGUCAAUACUUUAUUACAAACAUACUGUGCAUAUCAUUAUCACAAUGCACUUGUUUUUACGUUAUCAUAUUUAAAGAAUUUAAAUGUUUGUGAAAUCAUAUUUUAAUAUUGUUCAGUCUGUUUGUAGAGUGGCAUGUACAUUAAGGUAAAUAGAAAGUACCGGUAGUUGGAACAUAUUUAAUAAGAAAUCUGUCUAAGGGAGAUAAUUUUAAUUGAAUUAAGGAAAACAAACAAGUAAUUACCUCCCUUUACUUAUUAAAGUUUUAUCACCAACUUAAUUUUUUAAAAAUCUGUCUUUAAAUGUUAUUUGAACUUGCAGAAAUCUGUACCUUAAUGGACAGUAUUUCAGUAGUUCAUUUAUCAGUUAUGAGGGUGUACAUUCUCACUAAUUUAUUGUUAUUUCUUGUUACAGAAUACAUAGACAUGUAUUGAAUUGCUCAAAGUUAAUGGCAUUUCAAUAUAUAGUUUUGUUUAAUUUACUUUUCCACAUCAUUGUCCAAACAGAAUUGUAUUGUGCAUAUUGUCUCUCAGAAUCGGAUGGAUUAAAUUAGAGAUAGAUCUAUGUGGAAUAUUGGAUUCAUCUGUAUGCAAAACAUGUUUGAUGAGUGAUUUAUACUUUGUAAAGUUUGCUUUGAUGUUCACAUAAUGUCAUGACCAGUACAAUUUGACUAGUAUAGUUUUUAUCUAAUGAUUUAUCUGAUGCAGAUCUGUGUGUUAAAACCCUAUGGCCUUGUAGUUUCUUUGUGAGAUCUGGUGUUUAUCUAAAGCAAUUGUUACAGUUUUUACCAUUGCAAAUGUGAGAAUUUUGUUCACGAUUUUAUAUAGUUUGUGCUAUAUUAAUUUAUUGCAUGUUGUGCCCUUGUUGUCACAUAUCAAAACAUCCGUCCAAAUAUCACACAUCGUCAUAAUUGAUUCUGCUCAUGAAACUUAAAACGUAAUCUCAUUUUAUUUCUUCAAAAAUGUGUAUACCGGCAGGUCUAAUUUAUGUUUUGGUGUAUUUUCCCAAAUUGUCAUUUGAUUCAGUAAGGUAAGGAUAUAAUAUGUUCGGGAGUUCUAAAAUUAGCUUUGCCACAUAACAUGUGAGGCAAUGGGUUAUGAAAUCAUAUGUACGGCCCUCUGGCACUACCUCUGAUUCAAGGAGGGCAGGAAGAUACUGGCAUUUGUAUGAUAACAUCAGGCAGUAGUUAAGUGUUAGGAAAAGUGUGAGUACGUUAAAAAUGGAUGGUCAUAGACAAACAAACAAAACUUGAUUCCUUUAGGUGCAUGUUAUUACCUUUUCUAUCUUUAAUAAGAAUUCUGAUGUUAAGCCUAACCUAAAAUUGUACUCAAGAACCUACUUUGAAUAUUAGGUAAGUCAAGUUCAUUGUAGACCAUUGAACUGAUUUAUAUAUUGAAAAGAGGUGAUUCUUAGCUUUCUUUCAAUAUUGUAUUCACCAUUAUCAAUGAUGGUUGUGAUUAAUAUACAUUCAUUUACUUCAUUUGCAAAAACAGAAGUUUUACUUUAAAUUUGUGUAUUUUGAGAGUUCGUUGUAUGGGCAGAGAGACUGGUGUAUUAUGUAUAUAUUGAAUUUGUUACUAUUUAUGUAUUUAUUUUUCUUGAUCAAUUUUGAAUUCCAAACAAAUAAAUGAGUGAGUCUCUGUAUAA